AUGGGCAAACUACUCCUUCUGACCGGUCUGGCUCUCCUACUGCACUUCCAGCUGAGUGCAUCUACCAAUAUUGUCUGUUACUUCACCAACUGGUCGCAGUACAGACCUGGAAUUGCACGUUACAUGCCUGAAGAUCUUGACCCUUGCCUAUGUACUCAUGUGAUCUAUGCUUUCGCUGGCAUGACUAGCAACCAGAUCCAGACCAUUGAGUGGAACGAUGUGGCUCUCUAUGGCGGUAUCAAUGGACUCAAAAGCUACAAUCCUGAUCUGAAAACAUUGCUGUCUGUUGGAGGCUGGAACUUUGGUACCCAAAAGUUUUCUGACAUGGUUUCCUCUGAACAGAACCGCCAGACCUUUAUUCAGUCUGCCAUCUCCUUCUUGCGCAAGUAUGGUUUUGAUGGGUUGGACAUUGACUGGGAGUACCCUGGGCACAGAGGCAGCCCUGCCGACACCCAACAACUGUUCACAGUCUUGCUCAAGGAAAUGUAUGAAGCUUUUGAGACGGAGGCUUCUCAAACCAACAAACCCAGACUGUUGAUCUCUGCAGCUGUAUCUGCUGGUGUGGGCACCAUCGAAACUGCUUACCAGAUCCCAGAGAUGUCCAAGUACAUGGACUUGAUCAAUGUGAUGACCUAUGACCUCAGAGGAUCCUGGGAAGGUUUCACUGGUGAGGAUAGCCCUCUGUUUGCAGGACCUGAAGACCAAGGCUCCUAUAUUUACUUUAAUGUGGACUAUGCUAUGAACUACUGGAAGAAGAAUGGUGCUCCAGCUGAAAAGCUGAUGGUGGGAUUUGGAGCCUAUGCCCGCACCUUCACCCUCACCAACCCUUCUAACCAUGGCCUGAAUGCCCCAACCUCUGGACCAGGUAAAGGUGGAGCCUACACCCAAGAAGCUGGGACACUGGCAUAUUUUGAGAUCUGUACCUUCUUGAAGGGUGGUGCCACUGUUGUAUGGAACGCUCCUCAGGAAGUCCCUUAUGCCUAUAAGGGAAAUCAAUGGAUUGGCUAUGACAACCCUAAGAGCUUUGCCAUCAAGGCUAAGUGGCUGUUGGAGAACAACUUUGGAGGAGCCAUGGUGUGGGCCAUUGACCUGGAUGACUUCACUGGCACAUUCUGUGGGGAGGGCAAAUACCCUCUAAUGAAUGCCUUGAAAUCUGCGUUGGGAGUCACCACGCCAAACUGCAAAGUGCCAACAACAACCCUCGGCACCAAUGCAAAUCAGCCUGCCCAGCCUGCCACACCAGCCCCAUCGUCGAGUGGCAGUGGACACUCUGGUGGCAGCGGACACUCUGGUGGCAGCGGAGGCACCUUCUGCAAGGGAAAAGCCAGUGGCCUCUUCCCAGAUCCCACCAACCGGAAUGCCUUCUACCACUGCGUGAACGGGAAGACCUUCCUCCAAUAUUGCCAGACAGGCCUUGUGUUUGACUCCAGCUGCUCAUGUUGCAAUUGGGCCUAA